CUGCUUCAAUACAUAUAUAGAAUGCCAUGAAAUAUAUACAAACUAGUUAUUUAAUAUAAAAACACAAAAAAUACAUACUUAAACAUUUUUGAUCGUUGCCCAAUUAAAAUAAUUCAUACAUCCAUACAUAUAACAAUUAUACAUCUGACACGAAACAUUUGAUGAGUUCUAAGAAUGGGGAUUAUCAGCCAAAAAGAAUUAAUAUCUAAGGAUUCACGCACUCAAUUUUAAGAGUUUUUAACACUAAAACAGUCUAAUUACAGUUUGGAUUAAAGCUUAUUACAUUUCAACUCGCCAGUUAUUAAAUAAUCUAAAUGCCUUUAAAUACACAAUUAAUUUAAGAUUCUCUGAACAUAUCUCUCUGAUCUAUAAUUAUGCCAUCUGAAAAGACCUACAACGGCAGAGCGGGUACUACAUGGCUUGGUUUUCAACGCCGACAAACAGUCUCAACGUAUCCCUAUAACUUUAUAACGGCUAUACAUAAUAAAAUCAAAGUAGCGGUUAUGAAUUCAAAGGCUUUCGAUGGUCAAAGAACAAGAGUUAAUAAGGAAUGUGAAUGCAUAAAUCUAUUUAAAGGAUAUUCUAAUAAAUCUAUACAGACAGAUAAUUAUAGUAAGAAGAAUUUUAAAUGCAAUGAUCAAGUUGGUACUGCGAGUUCGGAGGAAAAGACUCUUAAGCAAAACAUUUUGAAUAAUAAAUUAGUAAGGCAUACGAAAACAAAGAGAAGGAAGAAGAUAUUUAACAAUUUUAUAAAAUCGCAUAUCGAAAAUCUACUCAAACUUUUGAAAGUGCGGGAGAAAUUACUUAUAGAUCGUACAACAUAUUUAGUUUCAUUGUUUGAGCUGCAAAAGGAGCGGCUGAAGGCGAAAGGAUAUCUCAAGCAAUAUUCGAAAGUGAACAAAAUGCAGGAAAGACUUCUGAAUCAAAUGAGGGAAGAACGACUAUAUCUAAAAAGAUUACUAAAUUUCACUGGACAUAAGGAACUUUUACUCCCUACAAAAACAUUAGGAAAACUGACGAGUCAGUCAACUCUAAGAAGUUCGACGACAAAGCAGGAACUUUGCCGUACACAAAAUAGACCUAUGUUGAGAGCCUUCUACUAUAGUAAAGCUUUGCCCAAUUUUCAGACUGGAUCAAAUCUUUGUUAUUUUGAUUCAAAAGGUAACUUAUUUAUCUUAUCCAAAGGCAGGAAAUCAUUAGGUUUUCCAGUCAAUGAUGUUCGACGCGCUGGAGCACAGCUAAUUGAGCUCUGUAGCCCAUAUAUAAAGCAGAAUUUAUUUGAUCAGCUCAAGAGAUGUGAAACAAAAACUAAUUUGCCUAUGCUUCAAGCUGAUUUACAAGUAAAAGAUGAAAACUUCGGUGCUAAACAUAAUGAAGAUCUGGAGUUACCUCCUAAAAAGUCCUUUUUGAAGGAAUUUAAUGCAAUUUGGAAUGCCAUUUGUGACAAACAGGAACCUGCGUUAGUGGACUUUACAUAUUAUACGACAUUUUUGAAUGAAUUAUUUAAUGAAGACUUUGUAGAGAGAAACCAAUCAAAUAUGCUGAAAAUGAAGGGCGAGGAUUGGCCGUUGAAAAGUGUAUUUGCAGCAAGAAUUAUGACAAUUCUUAUAGAUGAACAAUAAGUAUAUUUCUGAUUACAAAGGCUUACAGCGACAAUAUUCGACAUAGUCCAGGACUAUGGGCCAUGGAUGGGCAGCCUUAUUUUCUUUACAGUCAAUUGGGAAAAAACUAUUUAAAUGCAUAUAGAAAACUGUAUUGGUAUGCGAACAGAAAUCCAACACUAACACCAAGAAAACCACGUAUGGGAAAUAUAUUUUAUGCGCAUGGAUAUAGAAAUACCCCACGGGAAAUUGUUCCGACUCAUGGAAGUCACUUGAGAAAUACAUAUAAAAAUACUUAUGAUGGUCCAUUGUCACCGCAAUUUCUGCGCUCAUAUUUGACUGCCGCGAAGAUUUCUUCAACAGCUAUGACAAUGACAACGGUUAGCAGCGAUCAGAACUAUCAUCCAUCUAUCCACUAUCCUGAGUUUAAAAAACAACCGGAAUACAAUUUGAACUCGGACUAUAAAAUUCAACCUGAAUACAAAAUUCAACCUGAAUACAAUAUUCAGCCCGCAUACAAUAUACAGCCCAACUACCAAACUCCACCUGAUUAUAAAUUGGGCCCCGACUAUAAUAAUCUAACAAUUUGCAAGAAAAAUAAAAAAUCUAUUGUUGCUGCUGCCGACGAGAGCCAGAUCAUAAAUGUUGCACAGCCUUCGCAGGCUGUUGAGGAUACGCUCGCCAACAGCAUGUCGAAAAUAGAUCAGCCCUAUCAACCGUAUGUGACCCAUACCUAUUUUACACUCGACGAUGUCAUACUUCCAUAUGUCCCGGAACAUAAUUCGACAGCUAAAACCAAAAAGGAAAACCUGAGUCAAUUUGAGUCCCAGAAAGAAGGAGAAGAAGAAGAAGAAGACAAAACGACCUCAAAUAACGAAACUCUGAAUACUCUCUUUGAUUUGGAUCUUUUCAAUAUCGAACCCAUUACAUCCACAAAAGCUCUGAUUACAACAACAGCAUCAACAACAACAACAGCCAAGGCGACAACAACAACAACAACUGAAGAACCACAAUCAACUUUUGCGACAAGAAAUAAACUUGAUUUCUACACAGAAUCCACUCAAUUGGCGACAUUAAGUCCAACUGAACCUUUAACUUUAUCCAAUACAACAUCAAAUUUUAAGAACUGGAAUUCGACACUACCCAACUUAUCGCCAAGAAAAAUCUUGAAGUUAACCAAAAACUAUACUAGCUCCUGCGAUAAUUGCCGCAAAGUUCAGUCAACUGCCAAAACUCUGUCAAAUCUCGAUGAAGCGAAAUUGAAAAGAUCUUCGAGUUUGUUCAAGAAAAAUGAAGGCAACGAGAGUAAAUAUGGCAAAAAAUUAGCAGCGGCAAAAUUAAAUUUAACACAAAUUCAUAAGAACAAAACUUUGCCAACUUUUAUAAAGAACUACUCAGUCGCUAAUUUGACUACCACGACAGAGGCGACACAGCUCAAAAGUAGGCGGGGAAAAACUAAUUUCGUUAACCUAAGGCGUCGCAAAUUUCAUGGUAAUUCAUAUAAUACCACGCCCACAAGCAGCAUACCUGAUAAAGUGGUAAAGCCUGAACUGGAAGUAAAACCCCAAAAUGUUACCAGCGAUGUGGGCAAAUCUCGCAAAGCGAAGCCGACCUCCACAACUGCCAGCAGCGUUAUUUUGAGCACCUCCCCAGCUUCAAGCAAAGCUACGACUGUUGCCUCAGAAUCAGCUAUUAUGACUAUAUCUAAUACGAAUGUAAGAAAAGUGAAAAGGAUUGUUCCCAGAUUCAAGAAGAUAUCGCCCCUCGAUGCCAACGCUACCAAAACGGAUUUCGCGCACACAACUGACUUGCCGCAACUGCCGAUUGAGGUUUAUUUCACAAAGUUGAAUCAAAAAUAAUUUUUAUAUGUAAAUCUCUAAAAAUCAAAAUUGUAUUU